CCUUUAAUCCUAUGGAAUAAUUUAGGGCCAUGAAUGCGCGAGCGCUUUAUAAGCGACCGCCGCCAGUCAGCUCAUCUCAGUCUGAAGCGGCUGGAAAGUGGAGAGCCUACUAGUCUAUCUACAAUAGUUUUUAUAGUCGUAACAUUUUUUCCUAGUUUUUAACCAGAUGAUGGCGUCUAAGAUGAAGGAUCGCAAGAAAACUCCUGUUUCUCACAAGGUCAUUGAGAAAAGAAGAAGAGACCGAAUCAACAGAUGUCUAAACGAGCUGGGAAAGACAGUUCCUAUGGCAUUGGCUAAACAGAACUCUGGGAAACUCGAGAAAGCAGAAAUCCUGGAAAUGACGGUGCAGUAUCUGCGCGCGCUCCACUCCGCAGACUUCCCGCGCGGGAGAGAAAAAGGAGAACUGCGGGCAGAGUUUGCAAAUUACUUUCACUUCGGCUAUCACGAGUGCAUGAAGAACCUCGUUCACUACCUGACCACCGUGGAGCGAAUGGAGACCAAAGACACCAAAUACGCACGCAUCCUCGCGUUCUUGCAGUCCAAAGUCGUUUCCGAGCCCGUGUUUGGCUCGUUGGGCACCAUCUCACCAGACCCUACGGACCUUCUGUGCCAGCUGGAGUACCAGAGUCCAAGUCCAACCGAGUCAGUGUUUCAGCAGAGCCCUCCCGGACACUUUUCCUGGCACAACUCGGCGCGGAGCCCCACGCUCGCGUAUCCAGCGAUGUCUCAGCACAGCGGAUACUUAUCACCGGUUCAGGGACUCGAUCAUCAUUACAUGAACUUCAUCGGGCACUCACACCCCAAUGCCUUCAGCUUAUACAAUGCACAACACGCUGCUCUGUAAAUACUUCUGCAGAUGUCCUUAAUUUAUAUAUGUGUACAUGCUUUAUUUUAAUA